UGCUCCACUCGUCUUCGCUCCUCUCUCUCCCACUGUCAGCCUCAGCGCUCUUCACACUGGAGCUAGACACUGGUGCAUGCGGUGAUCCAUACAUACAUGCACGUGUGUGUGUGUGUGUGUUUCGUGGGUGCCGGGAUCUUGAGAACGCUCAACCGUUCCGAGUGUGUGAGUGUGCGUGCGAGCUGAUCUGCAUGAGAAUGUGCGUGUGAGCCUUUCUGGAGCCUCUUUUGUAUGGAGGAGCAUGUGUGUGGACUGAGAGACAGCAUGAGGAUGCGUGGUGGGCAGGUGUUGUUGUGAUCGGUGGAGUUUUCGGUGUACUAUCGUCGCGCUGUCUGCCUUCCCCUCCCUCCCAUUUGAUUAUCUUGUGAGGGCAAAAAGCAUCCUGCUGGGAUGUCCACCUCGCCUGGUGCAACAGACGGGAGCCAAAGGAACUCUUGCAGUGGAGAUGUGAGAAGGAGAGUAGCUUUGGGAGUACAUGGUGUCGCCUGCUGAGCUACCGAGCAACACAAACAGCCUGUGAGGGGACAGUUUCCUUUUUUGACCUGCAUGAUGAUUAAGAGAACAGACGCACCAAGUAACGCAGCGCGGACAAACUCAGUGGAGCUAGACGCGGAGUACACACAGAGGGUCCCUGGGGCAGACCAGGGAGGGGCCCCAGCCCCCCAGGUCAAGCUGAAAGAAAGGCAGAAGUUCUUUGAGGAGGCCUUCCAACAAGACAUGGAGCAGUACCUGUCCACUGGCUACCUGCAGAUCGCUGAGAGGAGAGGGCCAAUAGGAAGCAUGUCGUCCAUGGAGGUGAACGUGGACAUGCUGGAGCAGAUGGAUCUGAUGGACAUGUCUGACCACGAAGCCCUGGAUGUGUUUCUGCACUCUGGGGGAGAGGACAACAGUGCUGCCUCGCCUGUCGCAGGUCCAGAUGUCGAGUCCUUCACCAGCGAGAUCAGUCUCCAGGUCCCCACCCAGGCCGAGCUACGUCACAAGCUCUCCUCCCUUUCAUCCACCUGCACCGACUCAGCCAGCCAGGACACAGAGGCCGGGGAGGAAGAGGAGGACGAGGAGGAGGACGAGGAAACUGAGCAAGGAGGAAGUGGAGGUGUUGUUGGAGGAGGAAGGAGGAGAAGGCCCCCCGUGGUGGUGACCCUGGACGAAGAGGAGGUGCAGCCGGACACAGCGCUGGUGGACGGGGUGGAGCGAGAGCAGCACACCAGCAAAGACUGGGAGGCGAGCAGGCCGAAGGUAGCAGAGAUGCUGACAGAUCUGGCAGCGUCUCUCUGAGGACUCCAGUGCCAGCCAUUUCCCGCGGGGCUUCUUGCGUCCCUCACCGGGUCCCAGGCUGCCGUCAUGGGUGCCGUAGCGGGCGGAG